CAUUGCCAACACAGCCUUUUUGUUAUCUUUUUCUUCUUUGUUAUUCAUUUCUCGCAUUUGUAAUCUUUUUCUUACCUCUUGUUCAUUUUCAAGAUUUUGUUGACCAAAUAUGAAGGAGCCGGAGAUCAAGCUCUUUGGCCGCAAGAUCCUCUUACCGGAAAACGCCGGAGCCGUCGCAGCCACCGACGGCAACGGAGACGCCGGCGACUUAGACCGCUGCUUGGAAGAGCUUCAUGAUGAAAAGCAACUGCAUGCUCACGAGGAUCAAGAAUUAGAAGAGUGUGAAACUAGGGAUCAAAAUGUAGAGGAGCCAUCGGUCGCCGGCGUGUCGGGAAACGAGGAAGCCGAUGCGGGCAACGGGCAGCAGAAGGAGGCUCUGAAGAAGCCGGACAAGAUCCUGCCCUGCCCUCGUUGCAAUAGCAUGGACACCAAGUUUUGCUAUUACAACAACUACAAUGUUAAACAGCCUCGACAUUUUUGCAAGAGCUGCCAGAGGUAUUGGACCGCCGGCGGCACCAUGAGGAAUGUCGCGGUGGGGGCUGGCCGUCGUAAGAACAAGAAUUCGGCCUCCAAGGCUAGGGUGGAUUCGCCUUUCGGGCCCAACUCCUCUGUCCUCUCCUUCAGCCCUGAUGCUACCUUAUGCGAGUCCAUGGCCUCGGUUGUGAAUCUCUCGGAUAAGAGAGCUCCCGAUGAGAUUACGAACGAUAAGAAUGAUCGUUCGAUGAGAUCAUCCGUUACAAUAUCCAGUUCUGUGCCACAAGUGGUCAAGAAUGGCCUACCACAACUCGUCGUGCCUAAUUUGAAUGGCGCUCCGUUUCCUAUUCCUUACGUUCCGGGAGUGGCCUGGCCGAUUCCUUGGAAUCCCGCCCUACCCUUCCCGGCAAUUUGCCCCCCGGGCUACCCAAUGCCGGUCUAUCCCGCACCGUAUUGGAAUUGUGGCACGCCUAAUCCUUGGAACGUGUCGUGGGUGCCUACAACCCCUCCGGCUACAAACCAAACGACUAGUACCUCCGGCCCCAAUUCUCCACUAGGUAAACAUUCGAGAAAUGGUGAAUUGCUUAAGCCAAGCAAUUCGCCAGGGCUCGAGCGUUCUGAGUCGAGGGAUUCAGAAAGCUCGAUCCUGGUUCCUAAAACACUGAGGAUCGAUGAUCCAGAGGAGGCUGCAAAGAGUUCUAUAUGGGAAACACUCGGGAUCAAGUAUGAUUCGGUUAGUAGGGAAGGUUUGUUCAAGGCCUUGCAACCAAAGGGCGACGAGAAAAAGCUAAUGAUCUCUGCCUCACCGGCACUGCAAGCCAAUCCGGCUGCCUUGUCGCGUUCCAUUACCUUCCAAGAGGGGGCCUAGCAUCAUCUACAUAUCGGUUGCCUAACGUCAUCUACAUAACGAUCGCCUAGUGAGUUUGGUAAUGUGCUCUUGGAGAUUGUUUUGCAGGACAUAUCAAAAUGUCGAUUUUCUUGCAAGAUUUCUCCCUUGGAAGAGUGCUGAUUUUUUUCUUCUUCAAAUUCCACCUUUUCUUGUAACGUUGGUGCACUUCAUUGUUUAUAGUGUGAAUUUAUGUACAAAAUUUUGUA